AUGGCGGCGUCCGUGUGCAGAGCCGGGGGAGCAGCGGCGGCCAGAGCCCUGCUGAGCGGGCGGGCGCCCUCCGUGUUGGGUGUGAAGGGCAGCCGAAGUGUCGUGUCCUAUGCACAGGCUUUAAGUAACAUUCCCGAUACUCAGAUCACCUCCCUGGACAAUGGACUGCGUGUCGCCUCUGAAGAGUCCGGCCAGCCAACCUGCACAGUUGGUGUAUGGAUCAAUGCUGGCAGCCGCUAUGAAUAUCCAAAAAAUAACGGUGCUGCAUACUUUCUCGAACAUUUGGCAUUUAAGGGUACCAAGAAGCGUCCCCAAGCUGCAUUGGAGCAGGAGGUGGAGAGUAUGGGUGCCCAUUUAAGCACGUACACCACACGUGAGCAGACUGCCAUCUACAUUAAAGCCCAGUCCAAAGAUCUUCCUAAAGCGGUGGAGAUCCUGGCUGAUGUGGUUCAGAAUAACAGUUUGGAGGAUGCUCAGGUGGAGAAGGCCAGACAAGUCUUGAUGCAGGAGAUGCUGGAAAUUGAGAAUAACUUGCAAGAUGUGACUUUUGAUUACCUGCAUGCGACAAGCUAUCAGGGAACUCCUCUCAGCAAAAGUGUUCUGGGAACUUCAGAAAAUGCCAAGAGGCUUACACGGGCUGAUCUGCUUGAAUACGUCAACCUGCAUUACAAAGGACCGCGCAUGGUGCUGGCAGCAGCUGGAGGAAUUAACCACAAGGAGUUGUGUGAGCUCGCUCAGCGACACUUCGGCGGUUUAUCCGCAGAGUAUGAGAAGGACGCUAUUCCAGUGCUGGCCCCAUGCAGGUUUACUGGAAGCGUACUCUCUGCCCGCAAUGACGACCUACCUCUGGCUCACAUUACUCUUGCUGUAGAAGGGGCCUGGGUGGAACAGCAAGGAUAACGUGGCUUUGGCUUUGGCCAAUACUAUUAUUAGCAGCUACGAUGUUACUUAUGGCGGAGGCAAGAACCUGUCCAGCAAUGUGGGUCGGGCUGCAGCAGAGUUCAAACUUUGCCAGAGUUUCCAGCCAUUCAAUAUCUGCUACUCAGACACCGGGCUUCUGGGGAUGUACUUGGUAACCGAUAAAAAACAAUAUCGAGGACAUGCUGCACAUUGCUCAGGCAGAAUGGAUGCGUCUUUGCACUAGCACAACCGACGGUGAAGUGGCCCGGGCGAAGAAGGCACUGAAACAUGCUCUAGUGGCCCAACUAGAUGGCACGACCCCUGUGUGUGACGAUAUCGGGCGCCAAGUCUUGGCUUUAGGCCAGCGCGUUUCUCUGGAGGAAUGGAGUGCCAGGAUCGAUGCCAUCAAUGCUAAAACAUUGAGGGAUGUCUUCUCAAAGUACAUAUAUGACAAGUGUCCUGCCGUAGCUGCAGUUGGUCCAGUAGAGCAACUUCCGGACUACAACCGUAUCCGCAGCGCUAUGUACUGGCUCCGUUUCUAA